CAGCAGGUGAGUCAGGCAUGGUAUUAAAAACCUACCACAGGACACUAGCUCUGCCUAUGCUGUUGUAGGGAUGAAUUAACAAUUUCAUGGCAGUGUGUCCAGCUGGGUCCUCUGACUUAAAUGCUCACACUGAUGUGAAGACUUCUUACAGUGAAAGCCUACUACCAGUUCCAGAAGUUUCUCACUUGAGAAAUGAGGACAUUGCUGCAAUGGCAGAGCUCCCCUUUCUUAAGGCUGACAUCAGAGAGAUAUUUGAAAUUCCGUUAAAAAGCCAUUUCAAAUGCCAAAAGAGGAGGAAGUGCUUUUGGAGGAGGAACCAACUCUGGAGAAGAAAGGUCCAGCACCAUAGGCCAAGGCUCCUUAAGGAGCACAAACCACCCAGCAGCAAAUGCCUGAAGGCAACUUGGAACCAACACCAAGCUGACACAGAUCCAAAGGCAGCUGUCUGCAUGCAGCCACAGCAACAACAGCAGGGGCAAGGAGGCAUGGCCCCACAGGUGACUGUACAGGUGCAGGGACUGGAGUUCCCACAGGUGACUGUGAAUGUGCAGCCACAGAUGCAGCUGCUGAGCCAACGAUGGGAAGUGCCACAAGUGACUGUGCAAUUGCAACAAUGGCAACAAGGCCAGGGUGCAGUGACUGUACAGGUGCAGCCACAGCAGCAGAGUCAAGGUAGGGUGGGUUUCCAGGUGACUGUCCAGGUACAGCCACAGGUAGGCCAUGACCAAGAAAGGCCACAGGGGACACCACUCCAGGCUGAGGGCCAAGGUGAGGAAAAGUCCCAGGCCACCGAGCAGGAGCAGCAAGAGAACCGAGAUGAGAGGGAGUUUACUGUGACUGAGCUGAAGCAAGAGAAGGAUGAGGACGUGGAAAAAACAGAAGUAAUGAAAUUUCAAGUGCCAAGUCAAGAAGGGCCGGAGAAGCAGGCACAAGACCAGAGCCAGGAGGAAGAAGAGUCAAAGGUAGUGGUUCCCCAGAGGCUGGCCCAAGAAGUGGAAGGGAGAGAGACUAUAGGACCAAAGGUGAUGGACCAGGUGCAGGAACAGCAGCAGGAGGACAAAAGGCAAGAUAAACCACCCACAUCUAACAAACUGCCACGGGAGAUGCCAAAUUAUUUUGUCUCUAUUCCAGUAACAAAUGACCAGAUUUUAGACAAAAUUGAAGAUGUACAGGAACUCAUAUUUACUAAAGAACCUGCCUUGUUGAGAGCUUUAAUUCCUGUUCAGACUAUGCAUCUUACCAUCAUUGUUGCUCAUCUGAGAACAGAAGAAGAAGUAAAAAAGGCUGUCUUGGCACUGAAACAGAGCAAAGCUAAAAUAGAAGCCAUCUUACAGGGUAAACUCCUUAACAUGACCUUUCAUGGAAUUGGGCAAUUCAACAACCAAGUGGUAUAUGUAAAAAUGUCAGAGGAUGAACAACAAAUGCUAAGUAAAAUUGAAGAAAUUGUGGAAGAGUGUUUUGGUGAAAUGAAUCUGAAUAUUUCUGGGAGCAAAGACUUCAAGCCACACCUUACUUUACUGAAGCUUUCCAAAGCACCUGCACUAAGAAGGAAGGGCUUCAGAAAAAUAAAUUCGGAUCUAUAUAAGGAAUAUGAAGAUAGCUUUUUUGGUACAGAAGUCUUCAGUCAAAUUGAUCUUUGUGCUAUGCAUAAGAAGAAACAGGAAUCUGGUUAUUAUCACUGUGAAUGCUCAAUUAAUGUAGGCUCCAGCAAUAUAGAGGAGAAGCAAGAAGUGCAGACAGAAGAUUUGGGGGAGAGAUCCAUUGACAUUCUUCCUAGCAGUGCUGCAGAGGUCAGAACUGGAACAGUUACUGCAGGCUAUAAAUCUGCAGCAUGUGUAACAGAAGAUGAUGACAAACAAUCUGAAAAUCUUGCUGAAGCUCCAGUCGCAAGUGAGGAGAAGAAAGUCAAUGAGCUAGAUGUAUGGCCUGAAGCUAAAGAUGAGACGUUCCUUGCAGAGAGAGAAUUCAGCUCUAAGUCAAUGCCUGAUCACUUGCCAGUAGAUCCUGAUGCAUUACAAGGUAAGAAUGAGGGACAAGGAGAAACAAAACUUACACAUGGUAAUUUACAAUGAGUUCAUAUAAAAGAAGUGGCAUUUGGUCAGCCCAACUUCACAGCAUAAGAUAGACUGUUUCAAUUUUUGGUGAAAUGUAGAUGUUUCCAUAAUUGGUGAUGUUGAUCAAUCAGGGCAAACUGCUGUGGUACAAUACCGAAAUAGCACUUGGUUGCUGUAUAAAGAGAGAUAUUUUGAUAACUUGCAUGUCCGGCAUGCUAUUUGGAUGGUGAAUUACUUUUCAUCAGAAGUUGGAUACAGCUUUCUAAAUAAUUUAACAAAAACUUGAGCAAAGAAUUCUGUAGGUGAUAUGUGGUUGAACAUUUGCCUUGAAAUAAUAAAAUGGGUUUUGGAGUAAACCUAUGGCUCAAUUGGCAAACAUUGAAAGCCUCAAACAUUCUCACUUUUCAAGACAAGAGACAGUUUUGCAGGACUUGGACCUUUUACAAGUGGUGAAUUGAUAUCAUUUUGAAGGAGCCGUUACAUAGGUAAACACUAAUGUCAUAUCCAUACUUGGUAGGUGAUUUUAGUUCUUAUGAAGUUUGAAAUGUAUAUUUUAUUUUAUUUUAUUUUUGGAUAGCGGUGAUUUGAGAAAAUACUCUGGGUUGGACAAGCAGCACAUUUAAAUUCUACAAAGACACCAAAAUCUUUGAUUCUCCCUCACCCCAUCUUUAAUACAGUGUUUUGCAAAGGUAGUACAGGUAAAGAAGGUCCACAGCAUUACCUUUUAAAAUAAAAAAUGUGGUAUUCUGGACUGAGAAUUUGUAUUAAAAAGAGAAUAAAUAUAUUAACUUUCCUUCUUGGGAUGUUAUAGUAAAAGUCUUUGGGCCAAAUCCUUACUUGCCUUAAUGAAGGCUCACCAAUGGUGGUGUAUGAUGAUUUCCAUGAAUAAGGUAAAUAAGAUUUGUUUUGUAGAAAGUCUGAUGUUUAAUUUACAUGAGCAAAGAUUUAGAACCUAAUGACAGAUUUAAACCAGUAGAUGGCACUAACAGAAAAAUAGCUGCAAGUAAAACAUAAUGGAAGUGAACUACUUAAGGAUUUGCAAGUGAGAAUUUCAUUCUUACAACAUUUAAUAGUUCUUAGUUUUAGAAAUCUAUAAAGGAGGAAGUCAUAAAUGUGGAGAGGAUAGAUCAAUUAAAGCACUUGUAUAAUAAGAUGCUCCUUUACUGCACUGGGUGCUCAUGAAAGAAUUAUUUGGUCUCGUCAAAGCUCUGUUUCUCAGUAUAUGGCUACUUAAAAUAAGUGAAGUAUGUUCAGAGGUUGUAGGAUUUUUCUUUGGGGGAGGGGGAGGAAAUUAGACAUUGGGUGUUUGCAAUUCCAUACACAGUGUGAAAAUGCUUAUCUUUGGGCAAUAUAGUGUCUGUGAUGGAUCAAAAUAACAUUAUAUUGUUUAUAAAAUGUUUUGCUUGUCAUUAGACUUAAGUACUACUCAUUAUCUGUAAUGAUUCCUGCAGCAAGAGGAUGUUGUAUAUGAGAUAGGUCUGGUGCUUAAUGCAGCCAUUUUGUCACUGUGUACUAGAUGCCCCUCCUCCUCAGUUCUAUACUAUUAGGUGUCUCCUGAACAGGGCCUAGAGUCACCCUGAGAUGACUCCAUUGAAGCUUUAAAGUAACAAUAGAAGGAUGAACCUGAGCCAAAUGUCUGGAGUUUCUAUUUCAUUCCCAAAUUCUCCCGUUAAGUAUCUCAGAAGUAUGAUUUGUAUUCUACCAUGCUAGUAGGAAUACGCUUGAAAAAGUGAUGUUUUUGUUUUAAAUAAAAUUGUGUAAGAAAAGAACGACUCAUUUUCAGGAAUUUAAGCUCUGAGUAUCUUAUGCUCUUAAUUUUAUAUAUGAAAACCAUAUAUAGCAUUUUUUUUCUCAGAAGGUUCUUUUUAGUAACAUGGGUCCAUUUUCAGAAAUAUGAAGCCUUCAUCAAGGAACUGAGAUUCCCAAUUCAUAUUUGGAAAGAGAAAUAGUAUACUCAUGCAUCUUAUGAACUUGAUUUGGAACCAAGUAUACUCCACUGUAAACUAUAUUUCUUCUUCCUGAAAAUGCUAAUUAUCUCUUUAUAUAGACAGAUGGCACUGGAGUGUAGCAAAUGUGUGUUGAAACCUGUGAUUCAUUGUAUUUGUGAAAGAUUUGCUGGGUUUUUUUUUUCUUUCUUUAAGUGUUCUACAGAUUAUGCAGGUUUAUAGUUAAGGUUUGUUUUUUGUUAAGGUUUGUUUUUUGUCUUUUUUUAAUGUUACUUCUGAUUUAUUGUGACAUUUCUAGCUAAGCUGAAAAUAGAUUACCUUCUUUUUUAGAAAUAUAGUGCUCUUAUUUUGGAACAUUGAGUUAAAAUAAAUACUAUUAUUCUUGACAAUUCAGAGCAACUUGUAUAGCGUAAAAUGUUUAUCAUGUACAGGCUUGAACUGCUUAAUUGUGUCAAAAUUCUUUUACAUAAUUCUGUCCACAUUUCCUCACUUUCUACAGCCUGUAAUGAAAUUAUGCUAUUACAAACACUGAAUUUCAUUGGCAUGUUUUAUUUUGUUUUUUAGCUGUAGAUACCCAUUUCUUGUUCCCACUCUGGUAUUUUUCUCACAUUAAAUUAAUUGGAAAUGCA